AUGAGUGGAAAAUACUGCAUUGCAGGUAUGAAACAAGAAAAGAGAGAAUGCUGCGGAGGAAAGAGUCACAGCCAGUGCUGUGGUGAGAAGAAGGACGGUCAGUGCUGCAGUGGCGAAAAGAAAGAGGCUCAAACAUGCGGCUGUGGAAAACCAAAGGAGAACCAAUCAUGUGGCUGCCACUAA